AUGAUUAUGUUGAUGAUGAUUUAUGUGAUAUUCACUAAAGACAUAAGUAAUCCUAUAUUAUUAUUGUAUGAGUAAGGGAUAUAAACUUAAAUGAAAUUAUUUAAGACAACAUACAACAAUUUGAUUAUAGAAUAUAUAGAUUGAAUAUUAAGAAUAGUGAUGAUUUAAAGUAUUAAUAACUAGUCCUAUCAUUAUUUUCAUAACAACAAAACAAUCUAUAAAUUUAUAUUGAUUGUGAUAAGUAAAUACUUAUACAUCAUACUUAGGUAACCAAAAUUCUUAGAUUCUUAUUAAUGGUAAACCACAUUCUAAUAAUAAUAGCUAAAAAUAUAAUAUCAACAAAGAAAUUUAAGAAAUUGUUCAGAUGUUUUAUUUUUUAUAGCAGUUCUUUCAGAAUAAACUUCUAAUUAUGAAUUAUUAACUUAUGUUUUAGAUGGAAUACAUUUUGUAGAAUACAAUCUUCCUUUGAUGUAAUUAUAUUUUUAUUAUAUAAAGUGGAGAAUUGCAUCCUUAAGAGAUAUAUUAAUUCAAAGUGUAACCAAUCUAUUUUAAUGAAUAGAUUACUAUAGAAAUUAACAUAGAAUAAGCAUAAAGUUAUUUAAAAAAGUGUUUUAAAGAUGAUUGCUUAAUUACAAAAUAUGAUUAUAAUAAUACCUUUAAUGGAGAAUUAAUUGACAAGAAUACAUAUACAUUCAUUAAUUCAGAUUGUUAUAAUUGUUACUAUUUACUUGGUUUAUUAAGUGAAUAUAAAUAAUUCUUUAGAAUACUAGUAAUUAAUGAUCAACUUCAAAUCAAAUUAAAAGAAGGUCUUUAUGAUUAAUUUCAAGUUGAACAAGGAUCAUCACUUUAUUAUAUCUAUAACAAAUCUGAUCUUACUAAUAUUAAAUAGAUCAAAUUUCAAUUAAAUUAAAUAACUGGUGAUUGUAUACUUUAUGGAAGUUCACAAAAUAUACAACCUAGUUAAUCAAAUUAUGAUUCUAAAGAUGAUUAUCAAAUAAUAAUUAAUAAGACUAGAUAAUACUAUUUAAGUGUAUAUGGAAGGUCUUCUUGUAAAUAUAGAAUUUAUACUAUAGUGGAAAGAGAAUAGACUAUUAAUUAAACUUAAUUCAAGUAAUUAGAAAAUGGAAUUUCUGUAUUACACAAACAACGCCAACUAUAUAGUUUCUUUAUAAUUUAAUUAGAAAUCUUACUCGACUUUUCUAUUAAAUUAUAGAGUAAUCCAGGUAAUUUUAUGAUGUAUGUUAAAUCAAAUAUAUCUGAUAAUAAUGAGAUACCUGAUAGUAAUUCAUAUUAAUGGAAAGAUACUAAAUGUAUUAACAUCAACAUUGAUAAAGAUAAUUAAGCAAUUAUUUAUUAUAUAAGUGUUUAACUUUUGAAUACUGAAGGUGAAUUCAUAAUUGAAUAUAAAUUACAUGAUAAAAUUAAGGUUUAUGAAAUAGGUGAUAAGAUAAUAGAUUCUGUAGGUGAAAAUUAAAUUAAAUAUUACAAAUUUCCUAUGUUAGAGAGAGACUUACUGUUUAUAAAAGAAAUAUUUACAGAAAAUUAAAUAACUAAUUUGAUUAUCUAUAUAUCUUUAAAUCAAACAAAUAUAUUUCCAAAAGAAUAAUCAAACAAUUAUAUCUUUUUAAAUUCAAACUUAACUAUACCAUAAUAAGAAUUAAUAUGUCAUCAUCAAUGUUAAAAUUUGAAAAAAAAUUAAUGUUUUAUAUAUUUAUCUGUAACUUCAUUAAGUGGAAUCAUAUUUUAUACUAUUACUACUCAACAAUUAAAUAAUAAGAUCUUAUUACAUGAAGGAUGUCCUUUGACUCUAAGUUUUCAAUAAGAUAUUUUGUUUUAUUACUUCUUAAACGAAAAAGAAGUGACAAUUUAAUGGUAUUCCUAAGGUGGCAGUUAAGCUAAAUUACUAGCUUAUUUAGGUUACUUAAAUGACUCCAAAUUUUCUUAUGAAUAAUUUUAGCCUUAAAAUUCAAAUCCUAGCUAUCCUAUUUAAACAAUCAUUAUUCCUUAAAAUAAUUAAGAAUAUAUAUUGUAUAUAUAAGUACAACCAUUCCUUUAACAUUUUGAAAAUGAUAUGUAUUCAAUUGGAGUAUAUGAAACAGUUAAGAUUUUAAAUUAAUUAGAGAAAAUACAAGAUCAUGUAGAGAAGGGAUAAAUAAAAUAUUAUAUGUUAAUAAUAAAUGAAAAUAUAAAAUCAAUAAUUUUUAAUAUUCAAAUUUUAGGUGAUUAAGAAUAAAUAUUGAUAUUUCUAUAAUAAGGUGUGAAUAGUAGACCAAAUAAUUUAAUUUAAUCUAUCUAAUUAUCAUUAUAAAUUGAUACAUUCUAUAUAUUUAGAUAAACUUAAAAGAGAUUCUUUCAGUAAGAUUAAUAUAUAUUAGGAAUAUAAGGGGAAUUUGAUUGUGAAUUUCAAUUGAGUUAUUAAUUACAAAAUAUAUUUUAUUUAUUCUAUCCUAAUGGAUAUUUACCUCAAGAAAUAAUGGAAGAAAGGAUACCUACUAUAUUUCUAUAUCAACAAAAAUCACCAUUUAAAAUUAUUUUAGCAGUAUUUAUUGGCACAAUAUCAAUCAGAGCUAAAUGUUUUCAUAAUCAAGUAACUUCACUUGAUUUUACAGAUUCAUUUAUUUUAGAUGAUAUAGCUUAAGAAUUUAAAUUAUUUUAAUUUGAUGCUUGUUAAUAUGAAUAAUGUUAGUAUCUAAUUCAAAUUAUUAAAAUUGAAUAUGAAACUUAAGCUGUUAUUUAAAUUUAAACAAAUUAAAAAACAAUAGAAUUAUUUGAGAAUACUCCUUAAUAUGAAGUAUUAAAAUAAUAUGAAUAAAUAGAAUACAUAUUUCAAACUUAAUAUCAUUUUUUAAUUAAACUUAAUAAUGUCUAUGGGUAAAUUUAAGUUUGUGUGAAAGACCAACAUAAUAAUAAUACAUAAUAUUACUAAGUUGAUAAUAAUAUGAAAAUUAUUGAAUAUAUUAUGACAAAAUUGACACAUGCAUCAUUUAUAAUAUCAAUUGAAUGUCUAACACCAUAUGCAAAUUUUUAGAUUUUAAUUAACAGAAAGAAUUAAAAAAUAUCUAAUCUUAAUUUAGGUUAGAUAUUAAAUAAAUAAUUGGUUAAUUUAGAAUAAAAUCUAUUUUGUUAUUAAUCUUUUACAUCUGUAUUUAAUUAUAAUAAUACAUCCAAAUUACUAACCUUAUAAAUUUAAACUAUCUAUACAUCUAUUGAAUUCUUUGACAUUUAACUUAAUCAUUCAAAUGCAAAUCCAAUUAUUCUAAUUCAAAAAUAAUAUAAGAAAGGUAUCUUUUAUAAGUUAUAUGAUGUAUAUGGUAAAUAUAAUCUAAUAAUUACUCCAAAAAUUACAUAAUCAUAUAUCAGUAUUCUUUUAUCAGAUGAGAAUAUUCAUACAUUAAUGGAUAGUAUUCCAUAAUAUUAAUUAACUAAAGUAGGUUAGCCUAAUUUCUAUUAAAUCUUACUUCCUUAAAAAUCUACUUUAUUUAUUGAAAUAUUAACCUGUAGAGGCACUGUUUUAAUUUAAGGAACAUCAAAUCCUUCUAAUUUGAACAAAUAGAUUUUUGAAAUACAAAUAAUGAAUAAACCAGAAUAAUAUUUUAAUGCAAUCCUGUAAUUAGAAGAAGGAAUUUAUUAUUUCUUAGUUAAAUUAAUUUCAAGUUAAGUCAAAGAUGAAAAUCAAAAUCGAAUUUCCAAUUAUUAUAUUAGACAAUAGACAUUUAAUAAUGUUGAACCCAUACCUUAUUCAGCAUUUAAAUUUAGUAAUGUUACUUUAAAUUGGAAUAUUAUAUCAAAUUAAGUAAUUAUAGAAAUUCCAAACUUAAUUUAAGAUUAUCAAUUUUCAGUAUAGCCAUAAAUUACAAUCUAUUACAUAAUUUAACAAUUUUAAUAAGAUGAGUUUGUUUGUAUUUAUGAAUCCUAUUCUAAUGAUACAAACAAUAAUACAUCAUUGUUUAAAAUUGAAUAAUCAUCAUCUUAAGACAAUACAACUAAAAUUUAACUUAAUAUUACAGAUUCAUCUAAAAUUAAUCUAAAUAUAAUUGGUAAAGUAGAAAUAUUUUCAGGUGUUGAAUUAUAUGAAUUAACCUAUCCAUUUCCUAUUACAGAACUAAAUUUAGAAGGUAAACAAACUUAAGAAGAGGAUAAUUAGAUAUUAUAUUAUCUAAUUCUAUUGUUAAUCAUACUUAUUGUCUUAUUUAUUAGUAGAUUGCUCUAUAAAUAAAGGAAUAUUUAAGUUUAAAGUUAAAAUUCAAAGAAUUUAUAAAUAGAAAUGAAUUAUUAAACAUUGUAUCUAAAAUGA